GAGAAGCCCCCUCCAGGAAAUCCUGCAUCAGCGCCGACCAGAUUACCCAUCAGAGCGUGACCAAUGUCAGCAAGCGCAGAGCGGAGUAAUGCGGCCUAAUGGCGAGACAAGCCAGGGACUCUUUAAAGAGCACAAUGACCACCACAGCAAUGGCUCCAUUAUAUAGUGCUGCAGUAUCGCCUUAUCAGCCGCAGGUGGCAGCAGCGCGCUAUUUUACGCCACAAUCCCCCCCAGGAAAAUAUAAAGCCGAAGAAGACUUUACAUCAACAACAGUGCAGGACUAGCAGAGAUAUAUCUUUCUGGCCGAUUUCAGCAGUGCAGCAGAGACAAAACUGUCAAAAUGGACACAAGAGCCUGGAGGAAUCCAUAUCACGACUAUGAUGGGAACCCAGCGUCAACACAGGCGUUGUUUGACUGCCAGGGAAAGCUCACAGCAGAGUUUGCCCAGAGGCUGAGCAGCAAGAUCAGUGAGCUGUUGGCUGUGAUGGAGAAUGGGCUGAAGUCUGCAGACCCGAGAGAUUGCACCAUUUACACCGGCUGGGCAGGCAUCGCUCUGCUUUACCUGCACCUCCACAACGUGUUCAGGGACACCUCCUUACUGCAGAGAGCUCUGGAAUAUGUGAGCCGCAGUCUGAAGUGUUUGACCCGGCGCCAUGAUGUCACCUUCCUGUGCGGGGAUGCAGGGCCGCUGGCUAUAGCUGCGGUGGUCUACCAUCGCCUGCAGAGGGUGCAAGAGACCGACGAGUGCAUCAACAGACUGCUGCAGUUUCACCAGAACGUGGUGAAGGGUGUAGGCGGCCUUCCCGACGAGCUCCUCUACGGGCGGAUGGGGUACAUGUACUCCCUCGUCUUCAUCAACCAGCAGAUGGGGCAGGACAGGAUCCCGCUGCAGUACAUCCAGCAGAUCAGUGAGUCGGUGCUGGUGUCCGGCGAGCACCUCAGCAGGAAGUUCAGGGUGCAGAACCACAGCCCUCUGAUGUUCGAGUGGUACCAGGAGCAGUACGUCGGCGCCGCCCACGGCCUAUCGGGCAUCUACUACUACCUCAUGCAGCCGGGAUUCGUCUGCGUGGAGGAGUACGUCCACAGGCUGGUGAAGCCCAGCGUGGACCACGUCUGUCGUCUCAAGUUCCCCACAGGGAACUACCCCCCCUGCAUCGGGGACGACCGGGACCUGCUGGUGCACUGGUGCCACGGGGCCCCAGGGGUGGUGUACAUGCUGCUGCAGGCAUACAGGGCCUUCGGGGUGCCGCAGUACCUGGAGGACGCCCUGCAGUGCGGGGAGGUGGUGUGGCACUGCGGCCUGCUGAAGAAGGGCUACGGCCUGUGUCACGGUGCGGCGGGGAACGCCUACACCUUCCUCGCCCUGUACCGGCUAACGCAGGACCCCAAGCACCUCUACAGAGCCUGCAUGUUUGCUGACUGGUGCAUGAACUACGGCAAACAUGGAUGCCGAACGCCUGACACUCCCUUCUCCCUUUUCGAAGGCAUGGCCGGCACCAUUUACUUCUUGGCCGACAUCCUGCAGCCAAUGAAAGCGAGGUUCCCCUCCUUCGAGGUGUAGACGUGUCCCCACAGCUGUCGCUCUGUAGUCCAUUCCUGAAGCUCCCUGAUCUUAGUGUGGUGUCAGUACGCAGCAGCAAGGAGCGGCCAUAAGGGGGCGGCAGAGAGCCUGCAAUGUGUGAGAUUAAAUGGAGAUUAACCUCCAUCUGGAAAACGGUACAUAUACCUCAGCCAGUUUUUCACAUGUUACGAUUAUCUUAAUUAAUUUUCCAUAUUCAGUAGAUAAUAGUGUCUGCAUUGUGAUGUAAUCCUUAUCCAAUCUGGCAGUCGAGAUUUGAAGUAAAUAUUUGAGAAGACAAACCAGCAAAACAAACUACAUACCGCUGAACGUGGAAUGAAAAACAAGAAUAUUGAGUCAAUUCAUUCAUGUUUCCCCUAUCAAGUAAACAAAAGUUGUUGUUUUAAGUUUAACAAUCUGGAGGCUGCAAAUCUGUGUUUCAUUUUUAUUCAUCUGAGCGUUCAAACAGUAUGUUGAUAUGAUUGUGUAAGUGGGGCGGUCUUUUCCCAGUCCGGGACCCCUUUUUCCCCAGUCAUUCCACGUUGUAAAUACAGCGCAAAUGCCUUUCCGUCUUCCUUGGCCUAGGUUACACCCUUCCACCUAGUUCAACAAAAUAGGUUGAGAUUUCCUUUUUAAUUAGCAACAUUUUGAGCCGAAAAAUGACCUCCUAAUGCUUUCAAACCUCCAUGUGAAAUGGAGUUCAUUUACUGCCCUUUAUGUCGUCUGUUUUGUCUUCAUUAUGUAAAAACGUUGUCUUUUUAAAGCCUGACAUAAAACAGGAAUGCAGGAGAGUUUCACAUUUGACCUCUCUCGCUUUGUAUCGCUCAGUUUAAAGGCUCUCAAAAGAACCCCAUAUCAGCGGUGGGUGUCUCGAAUCCUCUGUCCCUCUCUCUGCGCUACUUGGCUCAACGGGUCGCCUCUCUUUUCCAAAUAAGGCUCAUGUAACACUCCUGAAAACCAAGCGACGACACAAUGCCACCGCUCUUUUUUAAGCCCUCUAGCCUGUGCUUCUUUAUGACCUGACGCCAGCUGGGGCCUCGCAGGGUAAAGAGGAGGGUCUCCUGCGCGGCACGGUUACUGUACCGGAGAGUCUCGAGGAGCGUUCAUUUUUCUCUAUCCCACCCCCCCCCCCCGCCUCAUCUCCAGAGCCGUAGGAGAAAGCAGACACCUCCGUGGAGUAAAAAUAGAGCUCAUCUGUCCGGGGGAGUGGUCUUUCUCUGUGGAUCACUCACACAAACCCCCGACUCUGUUUCUUUCUUACACAACGGGAAACACACCAUUAGUGAAUUACCUAACCCCAUGCACGCUGCCCCUGUGUGUAUCCGCACCCCCCCCCCCCACCCCCAGCUAACUUUUGAUUCACACCCACGCAGUCUCCCUCUGUUGGUUUUUGUCGCCUUUUGUUUUGGACUUUGUAUAACCUCUUUUGGCUGUUUAUGUGUCCAUGUACUUGUCAUAACUUGCUCUGUAAUCACUGCAUUUCACAAUCAAAACAAAUAAAUAACCACAUGCUCA